UGCUAUUAACAAUUUGAGGACGCAUGAUAUGCAAUGCGUUCGUGCCUAAAUUUGAUUUUUAUGUUUUUCGUUUUACGCAAUAAAACGGAUCAAAGCGGCGAAGGGUGUUCGGAAUGCAUCAGGCGCUUACACCAUGAUCUAUUUCCGGGCGCGGGCGUCGGCCCUAUUCGUGUAAGCUCCCCGUUCAUUUUGAACUAAAACAUGCGCGAGCUCGGCCGCGGGGGCUCACUCGUGGCGGCCACCAUAGCGGCAUUACACAACCGAACCGUUGCCGAAGCCCAGCCUCGAGGGCCGGUCAAACCGCGGGUGUCCACCGUGCAAGCAAGAAAUGUGCGAACGCUGAAAGAAAACAACAUUACUGAAGAACAUUUGAAGCGGGAGUCCUACGGCAGUGAACGUCCCCUGUCUACUGCGUCAGAGGCGUCGGAGCACGACUCUGCAUCCGUGCAGUCCAGUGAGGAGCCGCCCCCCCAGGAGAGCGGUGAUUCAGAUAGUCCGGAUGAGGCAACAGUGAAGUGCACGGUGUGGUCCGAGGGUGCAAUCGCGGGCUCACAGCCCGAGUCUUCCGAAAGUGAUUCCAGUUCUUCCACCGAAGACUCCGAAACACAAGAAUAUGAAGUUCAAGGCGACAAUGUUGAUUAUCGCACGUUGACGCCGAGUAGGCGUUUGGAUAAUUCUACUCGACGAGACGAUGACUUUAAGUGGAUGCCGACUGGCAACAUGGUUGACGAUGCAAUCGAGCAGAUGUCUGAAGCAAAAGCAGAAACUUAUUCAGCUGCCAGCUUGGAUAGCAGACGCCGGAGAGGAACAUCUGAUCGAGGAGAGCGCGAUCGUAAAAGUAGGUCGUCGUUGACGAGUAAACCACCACAACACCCAACGAGUGUUCGCGCGUCCCCGCGUCCUCGACGUUCGCGGAACGAAGACACGCCACCCGAUCUGCAGAGGCGAUGGAAUUCUUACGAACAUUUCCGUUGGCCUGAGGGCGGUUGGUGGCCACCGAUGUGUUGGUGCCACGGGCCGCCCAUGCCGCCGCCGUGCUACAUGCAUGAUCGUUCUUGGCCUUCGCAUCCCUCGCUUCCACAACAACCACCUGUACGCGGUUACAAGAACGAUGCAGAAGACCGCGUGCGUCGACUGGAGGCGGACAAAGAGAGUCUGCAGCUCCAAGUUCAAGUGCUAUCGGAACAGAUAGCCGCACAGAGCGAGAAAAUGGCUGACCUCGAACGAGCGCUCCUCGACGCGAGACAAAGACUCGAUGAUGCCGAACAGAGAUUGCAAAAGGAAAUGGUGCAGCGUUCGUCGCUGGAGACGCAGAAGCUGGAGCUGCUGUCGAAGCUGAGCGAGGUGCGGCUGCGCGCGGCCGAGCGCGGCCUGCUCGAGCGCUCGCCGCCGCCCGACGCGCCCGUGCCGCGCCCCGCGCCGCCCAGGACGCCGCCCGCGAACUACGGGCGUCAGAUCGAGCGCAACACGCACAUGUACUCGUCGCUGCCGCGCGCGGCGGUGCUCGCGGCGGACGCCCGCGUCGCGUUCGGUAACAAACCGCACAGCAUGGUGGUGGCGCGCGGCCGCGGACACUCGGUGCCCAAUCUAGCGGAGAAGGAGGAGACGCAGCGCGGCAGCCCGUCGCCGUCGCUGCGCGAGGUGCGCACGCGGCUCGGCAGCGGCGCCGGCGUGCGCCUCGAGGGCGACGACCUGCCGCCCGCGCCGCGCGCCACGCCCCGCGCGCCCGCCGCGCCCGCGCCCUGGGAAACAACGGACGUGCGAUCGUGGGACUGCGACACAACAUGCCUAUGGCUCGAAAGCGUCGGGCUCGAGGCGUACGUACCAGCUGCACGCGCGUGGCUCAGCGCGGGAAACGAACGCGGCGUGUUAGCUGCGGCCUCGCCACACACAAUUGACAAGGAGCUCGCCAUUAAACAUCCCAUGCACAAGAAAAAGAUCGUGCUCGCGAUCACCGAUCUACUCGGCGGCCACGGCGACCCGCUGCUGUCGGCGGCGGGCAAGCUGGACUGCGCGUGGGUGGUGCGGUGGCUGGAGGACGUGGGCGUGUGCGGCGCGCGGGCCGCGGCGCUGGAGGCGGCGCUGGACGGCCGCGGCCUGCACCGCCUCGCGCACCACGACCUGCACCUCCAUCUGCGCGUCACGCAUGCGCUGCACGCGCUCGCCGUGCGCAGGGGCAUCCAAGUGCUGCGCGACAACCAGUUCGACCCCGAGACGAUGAUCCGGCGCGGCGUGGAGGGCGAGGGCGGCGAGCUGGCGCCCGCCGUGCCCGCCGCCGCGCUCGCGCGCUGGAGCUCGCACCGCGUCAUGCAGUGGCUCAAGGAGAUCGACCUCGCCGAGUACGCGCCCAACCUGCGCGGCGCCGGUGUCCAUGGAGGGCUGAUGCUUCUCGAACCUCGUUUCACCGCCGAACUUCUUGCAGCAUUACUAAAUAUUCCAGCCAACAAAACGUUACUGCGGCGGCAUCUCACACAAAGAUUCAACGACUUACUCGGUCGAGAAGUGAUACAACAGAAACGAAACGCUGAACAGACACUCGGCUACCAACCUCUAACUGCGACUACUAAAUAUAAGGUACCAAAGAAGAGCCAGUUCUCGUUAAAACGCAAGAAAAGUAAAGACGAGCUCGAUCUCGGCGAUCUCGUGUGUCCGAUGCACGACGACUGCUCAGGUGACAUAACCACAUCGCCAACGAUGAAAGUAAAAUCAGUAGCGGCGGCGGGCGUCGCGUCGGCUGUCUGUCCCCCGCGUGACGACGCGCGCGCACACUAGCGCACGCGCACGCACACGCACAUCCGCUCUGUGUAGUACCACUGCCCGCGGACAAUUAUACGCCACAGACAACUGCAACAGCAGCAUAAGGCCUCUCGCCAAGCUGGCAACUUGUUACAUUUAAUCGAUGUUGAAUCAAUACAAAUUUCACACAAAAAUCGAAAAUAAUGACUAUGGGCACGUUCCAUAUAAGAUUAUUUGUAACGUAAGAACAUUUUCUUAGGUAUUAUGGGAUCUUUUAACUAUCACUUAUUGUGAAUCGAUUAUCUCCAAAUCAAAAUGAAACAUAAAAUUUAACAAGUUUUAGUCGUACCGGACUUAAGUUUAUUAAUUGGCAACUCAUAUUUUAAAUUAACAUUAUAUGAAUAUUUGGUGCUAAAUUUCACCGUGUUUUGGCGAUACUAAAAUAACAUUUUUUAUGUUGAAAAACAAUAUCUUAAAGUAGAAUAUAUUAAAAGAAGAAACGUACGACUAAUGUGAGUCGAACUGCCAAAAAUAUAUUGGUUUAUAAAUUUUGCUAUUAGGAGCCAAAAAAUUUUUGAUUUAUAUAAACAACAUAUUUAUAUGUUAUCUUUAAUUUCAUAGUGAAAGAUUAUUUUAGUAAUGUAAUAAUAUUUAUUUUUUACACUUUAUUAUGCGUGAUGAGCGUGUAUCGAGAUGAUGUGUGAACAAAGCCAAGUUUGCUGAACAAGCAAUACACAUUCCAAUGGAUAUAUCAUGUAAAAUGGUUUUAUAGUUAACACGUUUACACACUACUAUAACACAACAGUUUGUUACGAGUUUACAGUACUUAGCGCAUUUUAAUUGUGUAAUUAAUUAAGUAGCUUGUUAGGAAUCGACUGAAUGGCGACAAUAUUAUUCUGGUCUCAUUUCUAUUUGCUACAAUAAUUUUCAAAUAACUAGUUAUAACAAUUUAUAAUGUUUAUCUAGAUACGGUUGAGGCAACUCACGCGUUGUUUCUUAUAAAGUUUAAUUGUUAGCAUUUGAUGAAUGUAUUUAUUAAAAGUUAUAUUAGUGUGCGGAUGCAUUUUAUACGGGCUCUGGAAUGAUUCGAAGCCUGUACAAAAUGGAUCACGUGGAGUUCAUUCUUUAAGUGUAGAAUGUUCGCGCAAUAUUGAGAACUGUCGUUAGAGGAAUUGUUCAGUUUAAUCUUUUCGAAACGUUUUACAGAAUUUUAACACCGUAUUAACUUAUAAUAAUUAGAUUAAUCCACCACCCUGUUCCUAACACGUCGUGCCAAUUGUUAUGAACAUGAACACCCUUUAUAUGAUAGUCCCUUGUCUUCCAUAGCUUUGUAAUUCGUGUUAUUAAUUAUAUUAUCAUUAAAACAACAAGUCUUUGUACAAUAAUGUAUACCAUUUUUACGACACCUUAAAAUCAUAAAAUAUAAAAUGUAAAAGUUAAUAAAUACUGAAUGAACACAA